GUUAGAUUUGUUUUCUGACAGAAUCGUCUUACGGCUUCAGAAAUUACAGAUUACAAGAUGUUGCUGCAGAUAGCUGCAGUUGUUUCCACAAUGCUUAUGGUGGUAGAAUCAAGUGCAAAAUUGGAGAUGUUAGUUGGAUGUGGGAGAAGAAAAAAUGUGUACUUGUCUGGUAUAGAGAUGGGUGAAGUGUACCAAACAAAUUUGAAUCGUUUCAAAGGCGCUGUUUGUCAAAAUGGUUUACGCAGGUGGAGAAAUUCUAAUCAACAAGUAGUUGUUGCAAACUGGUGGGUAAGUUUCGACACCAUGGGUUGGGCGCUAUGUCCAGAAGGUCAUUUUCUAAUUGGCAUUCGUAGAGUGACAGAGAGAACUUUUGAAACAACUGAAUACGGUGGAAUGUAUUUAGCAGCCUAUAUGAAAACAGUCGAAUAUAAAGUGUUCUUUAAAAAAGAAGAUCAACCACUGUUCCACAUUGAAGAAGGAGUCUGCGCUAAGCCCGCUGAUCACCCACACCACUACAGAAAUUGCGAGCAUCUUGAUAUCACUCACUGUUAUCAGAAGAAAGGACCUUGCGAAUGUAAACAAGGCUAUCAUCUUGCUGGUGUGUACAGGGAGGCGUGCAAUGAAUCGGAAUGUCUGACUGAGUUUAGAUGUUGCGCCAUGAUGGAUGAGAUGGAUAAACUGGAUGGGAUAGACAGUGUACAGACAUUAAUCAUGGACAGAACUCUUUAUCCAUUGUCUUACCUAGCUUUCUACCUUGGUUAUGGGUGGUGCGCUGGUUGUCGAGGCAAGUAUGUGGGCGAUGAUUUCAAAAGAAAUGGUCACACGUGGGAAGCAGUGCUUAGUGAAUUCUGUGAAGGUUAUAAACAUGAAGAGAGACUUAAAAUCGACUACCUUAACUGGACCUAUGAAAAAACGAACGAGAAGUUUGGUGAAAUGAAAAGAGAAAUUAUGGACGUUGUAACUGUUGAAGAAAAAACAAUUAGAAACUAUAACACUAAUCCCCAUACAUCUUUUCUACAGAGAACUCGCACUGAAUUUCAAAGCGUGACUCACACGACUACUAAUUCAUGGAGAAAUGCUCAUGAGUUGGGUAUAGAGAUUUCAUUUCCAUUUAAACAUAUUGCUCCUAAGGUUAACUACAAAUUCACUUAUGAAAAUGCUCAGACAGUAGUUGACGGUACAAACAAUAGUUCGUCAUCUACUUCUACAACGGCUGACACAGUGACAGUACCUGCUAAAAGCGAAGUCGAAUGGAAAUUACAGCAUUAUAAAAUACGCGUCUCUAUACCCUAUACUGUUACUGUGCGGGCCAAAUUUUCAACGCAGUUUCGAGGAUUUCUAAGAUGGGGCCAAGGCAAAAAUAGCAAAACAACAAAUUACCACCAUGUACAUCGUGGUAUUGGAGACAGACCAACUUUUAAUUACACAUUCGGAGAUAAACAUAUUCCAUUUUAUCACGCACUUAAACAGCAAUCUGAUCGUAACGCUGAACCCUGGCUUUGGGUCGACUUAAAACAUGCUUAUACCAGCUCUCAAUCUAUGAUAAAUCAACUCACAGACGAAAAGAAUUACGAAUUUAAUGUAACCGGAUGGUUUACGCUUUACGGCAUUAAGGUCGAGAAUGAAGUUUCCACACCGAAACAAAUUUCGCGAAAACGAAGAUUUGUGAACAGACCGGAAAUCAAGGCGGAGACUGAAAUGUCAGAUAUCAAUAAGGUAAAGACUGACAUGGCAGGCAUCAAUAAUGUGAAGUCUGACAAUGCAGAUAUUAUUGUGAAGACUGACAUAUCAGAUGUCAAUAAGAUGAAAACGGACAUGGCAGAUGUCAAUAAGAUGAAAACUGACAUGGCAGAUGUCAAUAAGAUGAAAACUGACAUGGCAGAUGUCAAUAAGAUGAAAACUGACAUGGCAGAUGUCAAUAAGAUGAAAACUGACAUGGCAGAUGUCAAUAAGAUGAAAACUGACAUGGCAGAUGUCAAUAAGAUGAAAACUGACAUGGCAGAUGUCAAUAGGAUGAAAACUGACAUGGCAGAUGUCAAUAAGAUGAAAACUGACAUGGCAGAUGUCAAUAAGAUGAAAACUGACAUGGCAGAUGUCAAUAGGAUGAAAACUGACAUGGCAGAUGUCAAUAAGAUGAAGACUGACAUGGUGAAGAAUGACGUGGCGAAAACGGCCUUGAUACUCGACCUGUUAAACACAACAAUCGAUGCUCAUGCUUGUGAGCUGCCCUACUUAAAGUUUAUUGACCUUGACGAGAAGGUGGACCCAGAAGACAUUUGAAUCAUAAUACAGAGGCAAACAUUUGGUUUCGUUUAGAUUUAGAAUGUAACGUGCAAAGUUUGUCUUUAAUUAUGUUUUAAAAACUUACAAUUACAUUUCUCUAUCACUUUGAAUAGAAUGUCUUAAAAUUAAAUAAACUAAAGUACUC